CUUCCUUCCAUGAUAGUCUCUAGGGCAAGUCUUUAAAAGGCUAGCAGCUCUGUUCUUUCUCUGCACCAGUCUCUUGUUAUCCUUUCAUAUCCUUUAUUCCCCUCAAACGUCCCUUCACAAUGGUGAUCAACAACUCUCAAGUGAGGGCUGCUGUUGAAUUCAACAACCAGGGCUUUCGAACUAGUCGUGAAUAUACCAGGUAUCUGCGUAGCUUUCGCAAUCGUGCCAUUCAACCUUCCUUCACCAUUCAACCAUCAGCUUUCAACAAGUAUGGGAUGGAUCUUUCCUCCUUGCUUGAUGGUAUCGGGUGGAGAUCCUUGGCUGAAGAUCAUCGUUUCAGCUUCUGUCCUGAAGCAGUCAGGAUGUUUUAUGUGACCCCUGACCUGCUUGCCUCGGUUUUGUCGCUGCCUCACUCUGGUCUUCAGGCUGGGUUUGAUGGGGAGUUUCAUGAUCAGGGGUUCGACUUCCUGACCUCGCUGUCUCUUCUCACUGAAGAUACAGGGAGGUACUUUUCGAAUCACCUCAAUGCUGGUCGUCUUCCUGAUGAUCUAAAGGUGUUCCACUGGUUCAUCACUCGAUGCUGGCUACCUUGCGAUUUGAGGAGCUCAGCUGUGCUGCAUCCCACUGAUCUCUGGAUCUUGUCUCAUGCUCGGGCUCGUCAACCCAUAAGCUUUGCGUCUCUUGUUUUCUGUCACAUGCUCCGCUUCGGCGAUGGUGGAUACAGUGGGAACCUGCCUUUUGGACCGCUGAUCACGCGUCUGCUGUACAGGUUGCAGUUUGAUUUGCGUGACAAGGUCACUAUCUGCAAAAUCCAUGAGGACCUGCUCCCGAACCAUAUUCUCAAUCGCCUGGAUGCUGACGUUGGUCGUCGAAAGCUCGUCACUGGAUCAAGGGGAGAAGCUGGUGAGUCCCUUCCUGCUGGCUCUGCAGUAUCUCUGGAACUGGUUCCUGCGCUACUUAAGGCAGCUGUUUCAGCAAUCGAUGCUGAAGUAGUGAGAACCAGAGCAGCUGAAUUAAAUCAGGAUGGAUUAACCAGAGCAUCGCUCGGGUUGCUGCUGUGCAAGGAACGGUUGGAGCUUAUGCAGGCUCCACAGGAAGAGUUGGAGGAUGAGGCAGUACCUGCUCCUGAGGACUUUGAUCCCAUGUCCUCGGACUCAGGAACUGAUGAUGAUAUCUCUGACUAUGAAUCGCCUCCCGAAUAUCCAUUCUAGAUUCCUAUAGGAUGUUUAAUUUAGGGGGAGUUGCCCUGUCUGAUUAGAAAUAUCUUGUUUGAAUGUUACUCUGAAGUUUUUUGUUCUUUUGCUUAAGUCAAGUGUCAGUGGUCUGGUCAAGGAAAUGCUAUAACUUGAAAGAAAAUAAGAAUCUUUCCGUUUA